AUGCCAUCUGCCUUAGAAACCUUGCUUCUGAUCACCAUUUUUCUCUUGCUUCCUCUCCACGCCGUCUCAUCCACCAUCCAUGCAGGCCAUGCCAUCCCUAUCAACGGCCUCUGUCAUGACACAUGCGGCACAAUCCCAGUAAAGUUCCCAUUUGGCACUGGAUUUGGCUGUGGCCACCCUGACUUUGUUAGAUACAUCAAAUGCAGCUCAGGAACACUUCAAUUCUCUACCGGAACUGGUAUCUACACCAUUUCCUCUAUAGACUACAACAGUAGCACCAUUGUUGUCACAGACCCGCUUAUGUCAACAUGCUCUUCUAUGCAAAAUUCAGGUGGCUUCAGCUUAGACAGGACCAGUCCUUUCACUAUAAGAGAGGAGAACAUCUUUGUUCUACUUGGCUGCUCAACGACAUCCCCUGUGUUUGAUCCCAAUGAAGAUUUGUGUGACACCGGGUCGGGCUCCCGGGUGUGCAGAGGGUUGUACUCUUGCAAGGGGGUGGCUGGCAUUGGGUUGCAACAGAAUGCACCAAUUUCCACUUGUUGUGUUUAUGACUCUCAAGUUGGGGUUGGCUCAGGUUAUGCAUUGGUUCUCCCAAAGCUCCAAUGCUCUUCAUACACAUCAAUUUAUGAGUUUGGGGAUGAAGGGGAUCCAAUGAAAUGGAAAUUUGGAAUUUCUCUGCAAUAUAAUGAUUCUUAUUACACCAAUGCCUGCAAGGAUUGUGAGGCAAGUGAGGGCUUGUGUGGCUUUUCUGGUUUGGACCAGUCAUUCGCUUGUAUUUGCCAGAAUGGGGUUAACACCACCAGAAGUUGCUUUGAGCAAGGGUAUGCUUUGAGUGGGGCAGUGGAACUAGAAGUUCAAAUUAAAACCAUUAUUGGAGGACUUUUGGUCUCGUGGGUGUUACUAUUGACAAGGAGCAGAUAG